AUGCUGAGUCUCAUUCAUAAUAAACAGCCUCAAUCUAUACGUCUCCUGACGCAGUUGACACGAUGUCGCAUGUUCUCGUCUCCUUGUCGUCUUACGCAGUAUCCGUUCUUAGAGGAACUGGGCCUCAUGGAGGAGAAUCACGGUGUGUACAAUGGCGAGUGGUUUGGUAGCGGCGAUGUGUUUACCUCUGUGAGUCCCGUGAACGGCCAAUCCAUUGCUAGUGUCCGCUCUGGCAAUAAGGCCGACUAUCAAAAGGUGGUGUCCGCCAUGGACGACGCCAAGCCUGAGUGGUGCAGUCUGCCGGCUCCACAGCGCGGAGAAAUUGUCCGUCAGAUCGGACAAGAGCUGCGCAACAAGCGUGAUGCUUUAGGCAAGCUUAUUGCACUGGAAAUGGGCAAGAUUUAUGUCGAAGGUGUUGGUGAAGUGCAAGAAGCAAUUGACAUUUGUGACUUUGCUGUGGGACUCAGUCGUACGCUAAACGGGUCAGUGAUUCCAUCCGAGCGUCCAGGACAUUUCAUGAUGGAGCGUUACAAUCCACUCAAGGGCCACGUCGGUAUCAUCACGGCUUUUAACUUUCCCUGCGCAGUGUUGUUCUGGAACGCGGCGCUGAGUCUCGUGUGCGGCAACACGCAGAUUUGGAAGCCGUCUGAGUCAUUGUCACUGACGUCGGUAGCGUGCACCAAGAUCAUUGCGGAUGUACUGGAACGCAACGGCCACUCGGGUGCCAUUGCCUCGUUGAUCUGUGGCAACGGCGCCGAAGUGGGCGAGGCGCUACUGCACGACAGGAGUAUGGAGCUCAUCUCAUUCACGGGUUCCACGGAAGUGGGCCGUCACGUAAACAAAGUGGUGUCAUCUCGCUUUGGCAAGACAAUCCUCGAAUUGGGCGGCAAUAAUGCAAUGAUCGUGGACAAGGACGCGGAUUUGGAGAUGGCGCUGCGUGCGACGCUGUUCUCUGCAGUGGGAACAGCGGGCCAGCGGUGCACGUCGCUCCGUCGUCUCUUCCUCCAUGAAGACAUCCAUGAUGAGUUCCUUCAGCGUCUAGUGUCUGCAUACCAGAACAUAAAAAUUGGCGAUCCAUUGGUGGACGGCAUUCUAUGCGGUCCACUCCACAACACGCAGGCAGUGGAGAAAUAUCUGGAUGGAAUUGAUUCUAUCAAGAAACAAGGGGGCAAGAUUCUCACUGGUGGUAAGAAGAUCAAAGGUGAUGGCAACUUCGUAGAGCCGACCAUCGUUUCGAUCGCCGACGAUGCUGAGAUUCUCCAGAAAGAAAUCUUUGCGCCAAUCUUGUACGCACUGAAGUUUAAGACGCUGGACGAGGCAAUUGAGAAGAACAACGCCGUCCCGCAAGGUUUGUCGUCGUCUCUAUUUACGAAGAAUCAGUCGGCCAUUUUCAAAUGGACAGGUCCAUUGGGAUCAGACUGUGGCAUUGUCAAUAUCAACAUCGGACCCAGUGGUGCUGAAAUUGGUGGAGCUUUUGGCGGCGAAAAAGAAACUGGCGGUGGUCGUGAAUCGGGCAGCGACGCGUGGAAGCAAUACAUGCGUCGAUCAACGUGCACCAUUAAUUACAGCAAGGAGCUGCCACUUGCUCAGGGAAUCGACUUUAACUAA